UCGAGCGAGCCUUGAGAUUCAAGAAACCAAUACAUCAAUAGGUUUAUUUGGAAUAUUCGCUCCAAAUCUCAACUAAAGCCAACGCGCGUAACGCGUAAAAUGCGCACGUAACCGCUGGCCGAUUAUUGUUUUGUUCAUCUUUGUUAACGUGGAUUUGAAAAUGUCAAAAGAGCCGGAUAAAACUCCUUCUGGGACUGAAAGCUCUUAUAUCGCCCAUGUGGACUCUGACUCGCCGUCUUCUCCAUCGAUAUCCGACGAACAAGGCCCGCGAUCCCAAACCGGCGCCGAGGAGGAUGCCCGUUUCCCCCCGUGCAUCCGAGACGCGGUGUCCCAACUCCUCAAAGGCUAUGACUGGUCGCUGGUGCCGAUGCCUAUGCAGGGCAGCAGGUCUCUGAAAGACAAGCCUCAUGUGAAGAGACCCAUGAACGCGUUUAUGGUGUGGGCGCAGGCGGCGCGCAGGAAGCUCGCGGAUCAGUAUCCACAUCUCCACAACGCCGAGCUCAGCAAGACCCUCGGCAAGCUAUGGAGGCUGCUCUCUGAGAGCGAGAAACGACCGUUUGUGGAAGAGGCAGAGAGACUGCGGCUCCAGCACAAGAAAGACUAUCCGGAUUAUAAAUACCAGCCGCGGAGACGGAAGAGCCUGAAGCCGGGUCAGAGUGAGCUGGACACGGGAGCUGAGGAGAACCCUCACAUGUACAAAGUAGAAGCAGGUGUGAGAGGGAUGCACCAUCAACAGCUCCACGGUGCUCAACCUCACGGCCCUCCUACACCUCCCACCACCCCGAAGUCUGAUCAGCAUCAGAGCGCCAAACAGAAGUCCCGGCGUGCAUCGGAUAACACCAGACACAACAUCGACUUCAGCAACCUGGACAUCUCGGAGCUCAGCAGUGAUGUCAUCGGCGGCAUGGGCCCGUUUGACGUGCGUGAGUUCGACCAGUACCUGCCAUUAAACGGCCACAUGGAGAACCCCAGCGGCUGUUUCAGCACACCCUACCACCAUCAUCCUCACAGCAGCGCUUCGGCAUGGAACAAGGGGUCACCAAACCAACAAAGACCGCUCAUUAAAACAGAACAAUUGAGUCCUUCUCAUUACGGGGAGUCUCACGGGUCACCGACCCAAUCCGAACUGACUGACUGUCCAGACCUGCAGAACUCCACGUACUUCACCACAUUUUCCGGGUAUCCCGCUGGCAUUUAUCAAUAUCCAUACUUCCACUCCUCCAGAAGAUCGUACGUAACUCCUGUUCUCUCGAGUCCGUCUCAUAGUCCCGGGGCGAGCUGGGAUCAGCCGGUUUACACGACUUUAACACGACCCUGAUGCCAAGUUUUGAGUCCGAGAUGCUGAGAAUUAUGGGACUGUAUUUGUAAAUCUUGCCAUUUCAUAGACGUUUUUCUGAUAAUUGUUACCUUCAGAGUUUCCUAACAGAUUUUGGAUUCACUUUUCAAUAUCAAAUGUUUUGUUCCUGUCUUAUGGCCAGGAUAAAAGUGUUUGUUUUUUGGAGUGAGAUGCGAUAGACUGUCAAUAUUCAAUACUCUGUUUAAACCCAAUCAUGGAUUUGUCUUGAUGAUAUGCAAUUAAAAUGUAAUUCACUGUUGAUAAAGACCGAGUCGGACCGUCAAACAGCAGAAUAAAUCAUGCUUUCCUCACAAUUUGAGUCCAAAAUGAAGCUGUAUUUGAAUAUUGGAGAGAUGCUGGAUCA